GCUUGAGGACGUGUUUCAACAGAUGGUUGGGGUUAGUGUGUGUCAUCACACUUGAGUGGGGAUUAGGGGAGAGAGGCAGCCUUGCUGGAGCUGUGUGGUCUUCCCUAAGUGUGAGCUGCAAGCGAAAGAAGAGCUACCUAGCUUUGGGGGAGAAGAGGGAAGAAUUGUUUCCAGCAGCUCAGAGAGAAAAAUAAAGCCCGACACUUUGUUCAGAUCUUCACACUAACUCUCACAUACCUGUGGUGCUUAUGAGAUAUUGGCCUCCUACUUGUGAAUGAAAUCUAAGUGUCCUCACCGUUUUCAGUAAAACAAAAGACUGAGCUGAGGAAAACUGGAAAAAUAAUGACAAUAAUUCUUUCUUGCAUAAGAAAAAGAUUUUGCCCAUAAAAAAUUCACUAGCAAGACAUAAAGACUUCUGUCCCAUGCUAUGAAAAUUAACCAAGGCACAUUAACUGCAGAAUACCUUCAAAGGGCUCCUCCUACAGAUGUUCUGAACACGUCUGCAUCCCAGCAAUUUUUUACUGCACCCAGGUCUUGAAAACCAGAGCUCCGACACUUCCGGAUCAGUCUUUUCAUUGACACACUGGAACUACUAUGGAGUCUUCUUGGUUUGCACUCAUCUUGGCAAUGAUUAGUACCGAACUGCUAACAAGUCACUCUUCUACCAUCAAAUCCCCGAGGUUCAGAGGACGUGUGCAGCAAGAACGAAAAAAUAUCAGACCAAACAUCAUCCUUGUUCUCACAGAUGAUCAAGAUGUGGAGCUAGGGUCUUUGCAAGUGAUGAAUAAGACCAGACGGAUCAUGGAGAAUGGAGGGGCCUCUUUUAUCAAUGCAUUUGUAACCACCCCAAUGUGCUGCCCAUCACGUUCCUCCAUGCUAACUGGGAAAUACGUGCACAACCACAACAUAUACACCAACAACGAAAACUGCUCUUCUCCAUCAUGGCAGGCCACUCACGAGCCCCGUACCUUCGCCGUGUAUCUCAAUAACACUGGGUAUAGAACAGCCUUUUUUGGAAAAUACCUCAAUGAAUACAAUGGCAGCUACAUCCCUCCUGGCUGGAGAGAGUGGAUUGGAUUAGUGAAGAACUCUCGCUUCUACAAUUACACCAUUUCUCGCAAUGGUAACAAAGAGAAGCAUGGAUUUGAUUAUGCAAAGGACUACUUCACAGACCUGAUCACUAAUGAGAGCAUUAAUUACUUCAGAAUGUCUAAGAGGAUAUAUCCGCAUAGGCCCAUAAUGAUGGUCAUCAGCCACGCUGCGCCCCACGGCCCUGAGGAUUCAGCACCGCAGUUCUCAGAGCUCUACCCCAAUGCUUCACAGCAUAUAACUCCCAGCUAUAACUAUGCACCAAACAUGGAUAAACACUGGAUCAUGCAGUACACGGGGCCCAUGCUGCCUAUCCACAUGGAGUUUACAAACGUCCUGCAGCGCAAAAGACUUCAGACCUUGAUGUCAGUUGACGACUCCAUGGAAAGAUUAUACCAAAUGCUUACGGAGAUGGGUGAACUGGAGAACACCUACAUUAUUUACACUGCUGACCAUGGUUACCAUAUCGGGCAGUUCGGACUGGUCAAGGGGAAGUCAAUGCCAUAUGACUUUGAUAUUCGAGUUCCUUUCUUUAUUCGUGGUCCAAGUGUAGAGCCGGGAUCAGUAGUGCCUCAGAUAGUUCUCAAUAUUGAUCUUGCUCCAACAAUUCUGGAUAUAGCAGGACUUGACACACCUCCAGAUAUGGAUGGCAAAUCUGUCCUAAAGCUUCUGGACUUGGAGAGACCAGGCAACAGGUUUCGAACAAACAAGAAGACUAAAAUUUGGCGUGACACGUUUCUGGUGGAAAGAGGUAAAUUUCUACGCAAGAAGGAGGAACCCAACACAAACACUCAGCAGUCCAAUCAACUACCAAAAUAUGAGAGAGUGAAAGAGUUAUGCCAACAAGCAAGAUACCAGACAGCCUGUGAGCAACCAGGACAGAAGUGGCAGUGCACCGAGGAUGCUUCUGGCAAACUUCGGAUCCACAAGUGUAAGGCAUCUAGUGACAUACUUGCCAUCAGGAAAAGGACCCGCAGCAUCCACUCCCGGGGAUACAACAGUAAAGACAAAGACUGCAACUGCGGAGACACUGAUUACAGAAAGAGCAGGACCCAAAGAAAAAGUCAAAGGCAGUUCUUGAGAAACCCUAAUGCGCAAAAAUACAAACCCAGAUUUGUUCACACUCGCCAAACCCGGUCCUUGUCUGUGGAAUUUGAAGGUGAAAUAUAUGACAUAAAUCUGGAAGAGGAAGAACUGCAGGUGUUAAAGACCAAAAGUAUCGCCAAGCGCCAUAAUGCUGAAAAAGAGGAAGAGGCAGAGGAAACUGUUAGUGAUGCAAUGGUUGCUGAUGGCACUGAUUCUAUAGGUCAACCCAACUCUGUCAGAGUCACACACAAAUGUUUUAUUCUUCCAAAUGACACUAUUCACUGUGAGAGAGAGCUGUACCAAUCUGCCAGAGCCUGGAAGGACCACAAGGCUUACAUUGACAAGGAGAUUGAAGCUCUCCAAGACAAAAUUAAGAAUUUGAGGGAAGUUAGAGGACACUUAAAAAGAAGAAAACCAGAUGAAUGUGAUUGUAGUAAACAGAGCUACUACAACAAAGAGAAAGGGGUAAAGGCCCAAGAGAAACUCAAGAGCCACCUUCAUCCCUUCAAAGAAGCAGCACAGGAAGUGGAUGGCAAACUGCAGCUGUUCAAGGAGAACAGGAGGAGGAAGAAGGAAAGGAAGGGCAAAAGGCGCCAGAAGAAAGGAGAUGAGUGUAGCCUUCCUGGACUGACAUGUUUUACUCAUGACAACAACCACUGGCAAACAGCACCAUUCUGGAACUUGGGCUCUUUCUGUGCUUGCACAAGCUCGAAUAACAACACUUACUGGUGUUUGCGAACAGUUAAUGACACCCACAAUUUUCUCUUUUGUGAGUUUGCAACUGGCUUCUUGGAAUAUUUUGAUAUGAACACUGACCCCUACCAGCUGACAAAUACAGUACACACGGUGGAAAGAGGCAUUUUGAAUCAAUUACACAUACAGCUAAUGGAACUGCGAAGCUGUCAAGGUUUUAAGCAGUGCAAUCCGAGGCCAAAGGGACUUGAAACAGAGGACAGUUAUGGGAUGGAUGGGAAGGCUAGCCUGCCCUAUUUCACUGGUGACAUCGACUGGCAAGGACUGGAAGACUUGUACAGUGUGAAUGAAAGUGUGUAUGAAUACAGAUACAACUAUAGACUUAGUCUGGCUGACUGGACUAAUUACUUGAAGGAUGUAGAUAGAAUGUUUGCACUGCUGAACAGUUACUACCAGCAAAAUAAAACAGACAAGGCUAACACUGCCCAAAGCAAUGAGGAUGGGGAUGAAUCAUCCACAGCCUUUACCUUGAUGGAAAUGACUUCUGCUGACGGAUCGAGCGGCCUGCCUGCAGAAGAGCUGCAGCUGAUUGUGCCAACAGACUUCACAGCCCUCGCUUUGAGCACAGUGAAUUUCAGUCAGGAAGGGAAACUUGAAUUAAACAAUGAUAUUCCUGAGAAAAGUCGUUUGAAUGACGCACACUGGAGAAAUAAUCAUCAAGCUGAAAAAUGGACGGAGGAUAAAGAAUCAGACCGUUUUGAUAUGGACUUCAGUGGAAACGGUUUGAUAGAGUUGGAGUCCAGGCAUAACUUCAUGCUACAACCCAUCAGCGUUCCUCAAAAAGACACUCAUCAGGACAGUGACACUGUGGAAGAUAUAUUUGAAGAUCAAAUAUAUCUUCCCAUGAGGUCUGAUGAACCCCUUGUUCAUCAGGCUGUAAAUGUAUCCAUUAGGGAUUCACCUAUUGGUACCCAGAAAACAGGAACUUUCUUUAAAAAAACAGAACAGAGUCUUGCAGGGGAAACUUCACAAAUCCUCAAUGUAGAAGGCAGUGCCUCAGCUCCUCCACUCUCCUUGGGUUAAACCAAGUGGUAAACCAUUAAAUAAGUUCACCUUUUCCUUAGUAGCAAACUAAUGUAAGUAAUUUUGAAAAAAGACAUUCCAUGUUUAAUGUAGGUAUGUUUUGCAGCUAAAUUGAGCCCAGUUCAGUAUUUGUGUGUAUUUUUUUUUAUUCACACACACAUACUUUCACAGUAUUUCACCACACUGGGAAGCAAGUUUCCCAGUUUUUAACAAAAAGAAACAGUGUUAACUUUCAAAUGCAGUAGCACAGUCUCUGAAACCUAAAAGUUAUUUCUUCGAAGAGGAUAUUCAAAUUCCUUUCUGUUUCCAAAUGGUCCCACCAUGAGUGAAUGUUUCAGUCCACCCAAUCUGUCUGCAUAAUCUCUUUUUCAUAAAUUAUUUUAACCACUGGAAAUUCCUGAUGUCACACUUUUAAGUAAAAUGCACUUUUAAAAUCUGUUUGCCAUGCCAUUUUUUAAUCGAAUACCUUGACUGUUCUUACUUUGCUCACUGUCUCAUGUAAUUGUGAAACCAACGAAUAGAUUGACCGGAAAGAGUUAACCAGCAUAAAUUGUGGAAACAGACGCUUUGAAUAUUAUUUUAGCAAAAAUAUUGCAUGUUUUUGUUACAUUGAUUAAAUUUACUCUCAGAAAGGUAUGGCUAAUGAUUGUUAACUGUAGGAUUUGUUUAAAUUGGAGUGUUUCCCUAUGCGUUGAUAUUGUCAGUAUUAAAAAUUCAUGAGGUUUUUUGACUUUUUUUCUCUGAUACUGGUAGAAAGGUUUACAUCAAUACAUAUAUUCUUUUGUCUCCACAUCUGAUUUUUAUUAUCCUGAACAAUAUCUUGAAAGCAUUAUUAUAAUUUUGAGACUUAAAUUCUUCUUGUUUUGAACAGGCAUUAAAGGGAAUGAUAAAAGCAUGUUAGACUUUUAUCAUAGAUACAAAAGGCAUAUUGAGGUAAAAAAUUGUAGAUUAGAUAAUUUUUGUUGUAUUCUAAAUUCUUUCUUGAACUUUACCAAAUAUGAAAUUUUAUAAAGUAUAAUACAAAAAUGAUAUUGAAAAUCUGUAUUACUCAAAACUAAAAAUCUGUAUUACUCUAAACGUAGUAUCUUCCCUUGCUUUUUUAUAAAUUUCCAAAUAAUUAGCACAACAACAACAGAGAAUUACCUCAAACAGAUGUAAUUCCACAAUAUCCAGUUCACGGGUGUGUUUCCUAUCUGUUCCAUGUUAUUUAGUGUAGUGGGUGUUUUUCGGCUAUUGCAAGCACUGCAGGUUAAACUUACGUUCAUGGCAUUGUAUUUGAAGUUGAAACUUUUUUAAAAGGAGAUUCUUUUAGUAGGAUUUCAAUAAUUUUAAGAAGCAGUCUCCUUGAUGGACUCUGUAAAUAUGUUAAAUUACUAGCUCUCUAUGUGUCAUGGGCUGAUUGAUAGAAAAACAUAUUUAUGGUCAUGAAUGAUGCUAUUUGUACAUAGGUUUUAAGUUACUAGGAUACAGACUGUGUUUUUAAAUCUUGUAUAAUAUUUCUGUGACACUUUUAUAGUACAAUUCUGGCUUCGGGAAAGUCUAGAAGCAAUAUUUCUUGAAAUAAAAAAUGUUUUACUUUACCUGAUUUGGAGAGGUUCAGAUGAUCCAGUUUUCCUUCUAAUUAAGAUUUAUUUUAAAAACUAUGUUAACAGUUUCAGUUUUAAGAAUCCAUCCAUAUUUAAAGCAAUGGGUAACGAAAUAACACACUACACUCUGUUAGUUAUUAAUUAUUCCUGGAGAUGUAAAUAAUAUAUAUUUUUUGUUUAA